UAGUCGCGAACUACUUGCACUAUUUUGCAAGCAGUGCACUGAAGUGGCAGUUUUGGCGUACUAGUGCGCAUGCUCGCACGAAGCGGGCCACGGUUUAUCGUUUAGCUUAAUGUUUUUAACCCAUUCGUAAAAUAAAUCGCACGGACGGCGAUAGAAAUUAAACGAAGAUACAAGCAGCGUUGGCAUAACGCGUAACAAACCCGCGUUGAAGGUUGAAGUGUGCGGCGCUUUCAGCCAUCGGGAGGUGCUUCCGUUACGCCUCUCAUGUCAGUAGGCCCGCUGACCCACAUUCGGGAGACCGCUUAAGGAAGUGCGUGCAUGAAAUGAACCUUUGCAAUUCUCACUGCAUCGUAAUAUUAUUCAUCGCAGCGGUGCUUUCUGAUUCGGUGGCUAAGAGGGCUAAGAUCCGUCUAGGCACCCGGGGUGGAUGUGGAUGUUUUAUUUCGGAAGGCACUCAGGUUGGCAUCUCUUCCUUACCAAUGUCUUCCCAAUGCAUCAGGUUUCUUGUUACCCCAGACUGAUCACAGCUGAGACAGCUUUAUCAUGAGCUCCAGAGACAGAGAUGAUGGCAGUAUUUUUGAUGGGCUGAUUGAGGAAGAUGAGAAGGAUAAGGCAAAACGAGAUUCAAGAAAUAGAUCAGAGAAGAAAAGGCGGGACCAGUUCAAUGUCCUCAUCAAAGAACUUGGCACCAUGUUGCCUGGCAACACUCCCAAGAUGGACAAGUCUACCAUUUUGCAGAAAAGCAUCGAUUACCUUCGCAAGCACAAAGAAAUUGCCGCGCAGUCCGAGUCGAGUGAGAUCAAACAGGAUUGGAAGCCACCGUUUCUUAGCAAUGAGGAGUUUACACAGCUGAUGCUCGAGGCACUGGAUGGGUUCUUUAUAGUAAUGCUGACGGAUGGCAACAUUAUUUAUGUCUCAGAAAGCAUCACCUCUCUUCUUGAACAUCUUCCUUCAGACCUGGUGGACCAGAACCUUUUAAACGUCCUUCCAUUGGCAGAGCACUCAGAAGUGUACAAAGCACUUGCCUCGCACCCUGAUAUUGCAAACCUCAGCUCUGAUUACCUCAAAAACAAGAACCAGAUGGAGUUUUGUUGUCACAUGCUCAGAGGUUCCUUGGAUCCCAAGAAACCACCCGUGUAUGAAUAUGUCAAGUUUAUUGGCCACUUUAAGUCUCUUGCCAACAUGCCUCUCACCACCCGCAACGGCCUAGAGGGAAUUAUACAGCGUACUUUGCAACCAGCCUUUGACGAUCAAGUCUGUUUCAUCGCGACUGUGCGGCUUGCCAAACCCCAGUUCAUCAAAGAGAUGUGCAUGGUCCAGGAGCCCAAUGAAGAAUUUACAUCUCGACACAGUCUGGAGUGGAAGUUUCUUCUAUUAGAUCACAGGUUGUACACACACUGUUUGUGUGUGUGUUUGUGUUCAUUACUCAACAUUAUCCAGACUUUUAAGAUUUAUGUGUGUUCCAGAGCACCACCGAUCAUUGGUUACAUGCCAUUUGAAGUCCUGGGGACAUCAGGUUACGACUACUAUCAUGUAGACGACCUGCAUUCACUGGCCAAAUGUCACGAGCACUUAAUGCAGUUUGGAAAAGGGAAAUCGUGCUAUUAUCGCUUUUUGACUAAAGGGCAGCAGUGGAUUUGGCUUCAGACUAAUUACUACAUCACCUAUCACCAGUGGAACUCACGACCAGAGUUCAUUGUGUGCACACACACUGUUGUGAGUUACGCUGAAGUGCGAGCGGAGCAGAGGAGAGAGAUGGGUAUAGAAGAUUCCCCCCCUGAGCUGAAGGGAGACAAGAAUUCUGGUUCUAAAUCCCAGUUGAACACAUCCUCUCUGAAGGAGGUGCUGGAGCGCUUCAGCAACAGCCGAUCGCCCUCCACCUCCUCGCGGAGCUCCCACAAGUCUUCGCACACGGCCGUCUCUGACAACACCUGCACAUCCACUCCUUCUAAGCAACAGAUGGAUGUGAGCACUCCGCCCCGGCCCCCCACUGUUGAUAUGACACCACAACGCCGUUCCUCUGUCAGCACACAGUCCAUGAGUUCCCAGAACACCACUCAAACGGGCUCUCCUGUCCAGAACAGCCAACAACAACAACCCCAACUACAGCAGCAGGUUCAGCCUAAUGCCCUGUUCUCCGCGCAGUUGAAUGCGAUGCAGCAUUUAAAAGAUCAGCUGGAGCAGCGGACACGCAUGAUAGAAGUCAACAUACAGAAACAGCAGGAAGAACUGAGACAUAUUCAUGAGCAACUACAGAGAGUUCAAGGACAAGGAGCUCCGAUGAUUCUUCAGCAGUCGGGCGGUGGACUCAGCGUGCAGUUGCCGCAAGUCGGUGGAACUCAAACUAGCAUUUUAGGGGUUGGGGGGCAGACUGGUGUUGUAGCUAUACAGGGUCAAAACGUGACAAGCACAGCACACAGUGGGACUGUUCCACAACAACAAGCAGUUCCACAGCAGCUGGCUUCACGUUCCCUGCAACCGAAUCUACAGAGCUCCGCGUGUGGUCCGGUAUACAACACCAUGAUGAUAAGCCAGCCAGCUAAUGCCAACGUUGUACAGAUACCCAGCGGACUGGCACCCAAAAUAAAUCAGGGCAAUGCAAUAAACAGGUUUCCAACGGGGCAGCAGUUGGUCACAAAGAUUGUGACGGCUCCGAUGGCUUGUGGCGCAGUCAUGGUACCCACAACCAUGUUCAUGGGUCAGGUAGUAACAGCAUAUAGCCCGUUUCCACAGCAACAAGGUCAGGCACAAACAAUAGCGCUGCAAACUCAGUCCCCUGCAUCUUUAGAAUUAGCUCAAGCUACCGCAUUACAAUCAAGUCAACAGCAGGUGGCGACACAGCAACAGACAAAACAACAGCAGCAACAGUUUUUGCAGAGCACACGCCUUCUCCAUGGCAACCAGUCCACACAACUCAUUCUGCAGGCUUUUCCUAUUCAGCAGCAGGGCACAUUUACACCCUCACAACAGCAACCACUGAAACCACAGACUCAAAAGCAGCAGAAACCUGCCGCAUCUCAUCAGACCGACAGCACCAGUGCCCAGUCUCAGUAAUGCUGACAUCACAGCAGCUGAUCAGAGGGAAGAGCCAGUUGACGUAAUCUUCCGUCUGCGAGUUAAUUGUUCAGGUGCUAUAUUGAUCGGUAGCUAUUUUGCUCUAGCGAUUUUUAAAAAACGUCUUUUUCGGCAACAUCUCAAAACUUUUAAAAUGAAAAACUUGGCUGUCAAAUGGAACACAAAUCCACCAGAUUGCCCAUGAGGCAACCGUGCAGAACAUUUCACCGGAGCGACAGGUGGUACCCAAGCCUCUUUAUUUAUUUCAGCAACAAAACAUUGGACCGCCAGCUUUGGAUGGUCUUUGCCAAACUGAAAACUUUGGUGAGUUUGGUCUCAGUCUUUCACUGAAUAUAGCCCAAAGAACUGAGUCUUUCUGUACAGUUUUGUGUAUCAUAACGUGUAUAUAUACAACCGUAAAGGAACAAAGCAAGAUAAUGAAUAUUUUAUAUGCUGCAUGAAAAGUGUAACCUUUCCUUUGUACUUCCAGUUUUUAAAUAUUAUUUUGGAGCUCGAGUUUAACAUUUUUAUAUUAUGCGUAUAGUGAUGCUGUUUGCUUUAGAUCCUCCCUGUUAUUCACUUUUAGAUAUGGGCCGUCAUGGUUUUUUGAAGCACUUACAACUCUUUUAGAGCUUUUAGUUUUACUUUUCGUCGUGCAUUUAUGUUUUCCAUGUCCAUGAAGCACAAAUUACCCAGUUUAUUUAAAAUUUACAUACUUUUUCUUUGACACGUAAAAUGCAGAGGAAUUAAAUUUCCUCAAGUGCCAAAUUUUGUUACUUUACGUUAGAAAAAUAACAGCUUCCAGGUCAUGUUUUUUGAUUGUUAAUUGCUUUUUAGGUGAUUCAUACAGUAGUAAUCCUCUUAAAAAGUUAGUGUGCACUUUUCCCCCUUUACUUUUAGCACUUAUUGUGUUUAUACACGCUAAAAAUGGUUCAUCCUUUUAGUUUUUGUCGUUUAGUUUUACCGGUACGUGCGUUUCUCCGAGGAGAAUGACACGACAUGAAUAAGCUUAAAAAUCUUCAUAUAUAAAAGUUGUUGUUCGGUUUGGGAGCUAUGAAGGUAAUGCAAUGCAUUGCUUUACAUGCGAUUGUGGAAGGUUUAUGGACCUGAAAAAUGCAAUUUUCAGGAAAAUGAAAAGGAUUAUAUUGUCCUUGUUUUUAUUUCAUUUCCAAAGUUGGUAAUCAAACUGAUGCAGAGGUAACGUGGAGCUUUGGAGUCUUAAAGUCCUGCGUGGUCUUCCUGUUCGUUGUGUGUGUUUUGCAUGUGUUAGCGUACGUUUGCGUGUGAGAGAGAUAUUUGAAAGUGUAGGCUUAUUAUAUAAACAACAGUUUGUGACUCUUCCUUUAUCGCUGCAAGUUGCUACAGUAUGUGUUCACUACAGCGAUGACCAAUCAGUUCUUGCGUUGCAGUAAUUCAACUUCCUAGACGUCCCCCUUUGGCUUGUUAGCCAAAUACCUCAGAAAUCUAUAUUGUUGAAAGUUUUAUAUAUGUAUCCAAAGCUAUUUUAUUUUCGUAUGGAAAAGGACUUGAGCGUAGACGGAAUUGCUUGUUUAUAGACCGGUAGCACUGUUAAGAGUAAGAUAUAUGAAAAAAAAAAAUGAAACAGAAUAGAUUUAAAGUAGAUGCCCACCUUUUCUUGAUUUGUCCUGAUAUUUUUCAUAGUUGUGUUGUUUGUGUGUUUCAUAAGAUGCUUGUGCACUGAAGUCCACAAAUGUGUUAUUGUUACUUUGAAACCCAUGUGGUUUAAAAAACCUAUUGAUUGGUUGAAGAAAGAAUUUAAAAGGUCUUUGGUUAGCAUUCCUGUACAUUUCAACCUGCAUACUUUUUUUUCCCAUGCUGUUGUAUUUCUGUAUGCAACCAAAAAACGAUGCUUUCUGAACGGAAUGAUUGUUGGUUAUUUACCCUAGAAACUAAAGUUGAUUUCAAGGUGUAAGCUCAUAAAAAUCAGUUGAUUGGGUGAUAAAAUAAUGCCGCUGAUAAUAAAAUAAUAUUAAUAAUUUAUCUAAGAUAAUGAGGUUCAGUACAAUUAACUCUUUCUAAUAUGUUAUUAAACAUAGCAAGUAUAUUUACCCCUAUUAAUAUGAUAUACAGUAUGAAUCAUACAAUUUGCUCUCCCUGUUUAUUCUGAAUUGCUGUGCUGUUGACGUACAAAACUUCCAUGUCACCACAAAGAAUUGCUUGCAGAUCGUAUUGCCCUCAAUGUUAUUGUGAAUGUGUCCGCUUUGUCCUCUUGUCUGUUUACCAAAAUCGGAUCAUUUCCUCUCCAUGAUAUACAAUCUUGAAAUAAAAAACAAUCUUUUUCCCUUC